GGACGGAGGGAGGGAGGCGAGGCGCAUCCCGACGUGCGUUGCUCGACCCGGGUCUGCCGCGGGCGAUGUUGAAGAGCUGCGGGAAGAAGCUGCUCCUCUCCCUGGUGGGCUCCAUGCUGACCUGCCUGCUGAUGCUGGUGGCCGACCCGCAGAAGCGGCAGGGGCUGCGCCUGGGCGGGGAGCCGGCGGGCGGCUUCGGCGCCUACUUCAGCCAGCUGAGCCGGAGCAAGCGGGGGGCGCGGGCCGAGGACGAGGAGGCGGCGGCGGCCCCCCGGCGGCCGGUGGAGGAGAUCGCGCCCCGGGACGUCUUCAUCGCCGUCAAGACCACCAAGAAGUUCCACAAGGCCCGGCUGGAGCUCUUGCUGGACACCUGGAUCGCCCGCGACAAGGACUCGACCUUCAUCUUCACAGAUGGGGAAGACGAGGAACUAAAGAAGAGAACCAGGAACGUCAUCAACACCAACUGUUCCGCUGCCCACAGCCGCCAAGCCCUGUCCUGCAAGAUGGCGGUCGAAUACGACAAGUUCAUCGAAUCGGGGAGGAAGUGGUUUUGCCACGUGGACGACGAUAACUACGUGAACGUGCGGACGCUGGUGAAGCUGCUCUCCAGUUAUCCCCACACGCAGGACAUCUACAUCGGGAAGCCCAGCUUGGACAGGCCCAUCCAGGCGGCCGAGAGGAUCAGCGAAAACAAGAUGCAUCCGGUCUACUUCUGGUUCGCGACGGGCGGAGCCGGUUUCUGCAUAAGCCGGGGGCUGGCGCUGAAGAUGAGUCCCUGGGCCAGUGGCGGUCACUUCAUGAGCACCGCGGAGAAGAUCCGCUUGCCAGACGACUGCACCAUCGGCUACAUCAUCGAGUCUGUGCUGGGUGUGAAGCUCAUCCGGAGCAACCUCUUCCACUCCCACCUGGAGAACCUCCAUCAGGUGCCCAAGACGGAGAUUCACAACCAGGUGACCUUGAGUUACGGGAUGUUCGAAAACAAGAGGAACUCAAUCCACAUGAAAGGCGCUUUCUCGGUCGAGGAGGACCCAUCCAGGUUCCGCUCCGUCCACUGCCUGCUGUACCCCGACACCCCUUGGUGUCCCCUGAACGUCGCUUACUGAGAGACAAGGCGUCCGCCCCUUUUCUCGAACCUCGUCCUGAGUUCCCCCCGGUAUCCGAAGGGCUCAUGGGACCUGUGUGUGCGUGCGCAUGUGUUACGUGUGUCUGUGUGGGCGCGCUCCCUUUGCUGCGAAGCGAUCGGCUGUUAAUUACUGUGGUUAAUUCACAGUGUGCAUAUGUUUAUAGGCUGCCGUGCGGCCUCUCCUAACCCCUCCCCCUCGCCCAGCUGCCCCCUCCGGGCAAGCUGAGCGAGGGGAUGUUCUCCGCGCCCCUGCCGUUCUCGAUAGGGCAGAGGUUAGGUAGGUGGGAAGGAAUUGCGCUUCAGCCCGUGCGGUCUUUUGCCAAGGGGUUCUGGCUAUGGGUGCGACUGAUGCCCCGGCCCACCCCCGCAACCAGCUUGGGUACUUUGGAGUAUUGCUUUGCAGAGUUCUUACAGAAUGGCGGCGGCUAACGCUCUUUUGACUUCAACGGGAGGCGUCUUUUUUUUCCAGUCUGUGGGCACCUCUGGAAUUCUGACACAGCGUGGCAGCCGCAAAACGGCCGCCCCCGAACGUGGUGAAGCCACAAAAUGGCCGCCGCAAAA